AUGACCACGCUACAGGCCUCCGAUGACCACGACCCCGGCAACCCCAGCCAAACUGGGGGGCUCCCGACAUACACCGUCGACGACGUGAAAACUCACGACACCCCCAACGACCUCUGGAUGAUCAUCUAUAACAAAGUCUAUGACGUCACCAAGUUCGCCAACGACCACCCCGGCGGAGUCGAGGUCCUCUACGACUGUGGCGGCGUCGACGCCACCGAACCGUUCGACGACGUCGCCCACUCCGACGACGCCGUCGAGAUGCUCCGCCCCUACCUUGUCGGCGAAGUCGUCCGCAGCCAGCACGUCCAGUACCGCCACCCGCGUCCCGUGGCGCCGCCCAUCAUCAAGAAGGCGCCGGUGGUGGCGGUGAGUGCCCGCGACAAAGUGCUCACUGAGCGGAUCGUGUUGCUGGCGCUCGCGAUGGUGGCGCUCACCCUGUUUGCCGUCUACGUCGGCAUCCAGGUGGUCAAGUGGAAUUUCUGA